GAGGAUGACAGCAAAGAACAAACAAUCACAGAACAAUCGGAUAGAACUAAGGGUAGAUAACUCCUGUGGUGGUACAAUAGAAAUAAAUGAUGUUUAAAUUCAACGGGUCUAAUCAAAUAGAAACCUAAUCUAACGAGACAUUGAAAGUGUUUUGUAUAAUCCCUAUCCCUCAAUAUGUCUUCAUAUAUCAUUACGCAAAACUGCGAGUCCUGUUGGACGAGGCGCGUCAGACAGACAGCAAGCCUUAUGUGCAAUGACUGCCGAAUACCUUUAUGCGAUGCCUGCUCAGAAAAACACAAAGGACAGUUCAACCAUUGGAAUUUCUCAAGUCUAUUGAAGCAAAAGGAACCAGAAAAAGAAGAGGAAAGUGAUAAUUAUUACGAGGAUAGUGACGACGAAGGAACGAACAAGAGCGACAAGGACGUUAUCAAAAUGUCCAAACUUCUACUAAAGGAAAUUUCGGUGAAACUCCCAGAUGAAAAAGAUUGCAAAGUGACCGGAUUGUCUGCUUUUCAGAACGAUGUCAGUACGUUAGUGGCAGACGUGGAAAACAGAAUGUUGAAACUGUUUGACAAUAACCUUGAGCUGAAAUGGACAGUCCCGGUGACGCGUGAUUGUGUGGGUGUCACAGUAGUAUCGGAGAAAUCCUUCGCCACAAUAGCUGGGAAAAAGCUUCAAUAUUGGGGCAUUGAGACUGAUGAUGAGGGCACAAUCAUUCCGAAGAAGGAGGAAGAAGUGGAAAUAAGCCACACAGGCUUUGCAGUCCAUUCCAAUGGCAAAUACAUAGGGGUUCUAAUGAGUUCUGACCAUCAGGUUCAGAUUUUUCACCUUUCCUGUGACGAGAUGCAAUCUAUAGACUUACACAAAAUUACAAACAGACCCAUCACUCCGGGGUUCACUCUGCUUCUGGACUCUGAUUUAGACCGAUUCUACAUUUCGGACAGAGACUACGUGAAUGGGACCAAGCUUUUGAGUGUGUCCUUUACAGGGGAGCUGGUGUGGGAGUGUCGUGUCCCCGCCUCUGUCGGGGGGAUCGCUGAGCUUGACAAUCUCCUAUUUGUGGUCAGUAUAGGUUAUGCGAAGAUUCAUAGAAUCACCAAGGACGGAAUGGACGUUGGGUCCCUGAUAUCUGACGAGGGCAAACUUCCGUUCCAUAUUUGUACCCAACCACUGGAAAAAACAUUAAUAGUGUCCCAUAAUUUUACUGGAAAGGAUAGAAAUAUUAUAAGAGUGUACAAUUUGGAAGAAAUUCUUUAUGACCAUGAAGAAUUUGAAAAAGACGACGAUGAAAUAGAACUACCUUAAUAUUCUCUACUGUAGAAUUUCUACACUUGUCUUUAAGUAUGGUGCACAUACAUUGUAGGUGAUAGUGGUGCUUUAUUAGGAGACUCUCCAAAAAUAUUCAAAAUGAAUACUUGAGAUUUACCAAAGUUCAAGAGGAUGCCUUAUUCUGUAUUUUUUAGAUUUGAAUGAUUGGUUGUUAGUUUAAAUAACAAUUUAUCCAUGGAAUAAAUCCGGUAUUUAAAUUUCAUUUUCUUAAGGAGAGUUAGAUCAAUUUGGACGAAGACCAAUUUCAACAUUGUAAUUCUGUCUGAAAGCAGUAUUGAAAUUGAUGCCCCUUAGUGAUUUAAAAACACAACUGAAAUACAUAUUUCACCAAAUGUUUUCAAAAUAUAUGGUAUUCAGGUUAGAAUGUUUCGCAAGACUGGCAAAGGAAAAUAUACACUAAUAUACGAAUGAAUGUUGCACAGAACAGAGUACUUUUUAUC